CGCGAGCGCCCGCAGCCUCUCAGGAUGCGUGUCCUGUUCACGACGAAGGUACUCCCUCCAGCCCGUCCCGAAGAGGAGGAUUCCAAACCGAUACCUGGGCCAGCCCAGCCCCUUUACACACCCUCACCUCCUCAGACCAGUGAACGAUACCCAUGUGUCUCUCAGUGAGGGCUUCCUUUGCUGAUUCUUCAUCAGACUGGAAUUCCUGCUGGAAAGUCGGCUGAGACGCAGGAAAUGCAGCUCACCGCUGAAACACACAAGAAUAUCAGAGUUUUUCAAAGCUGUAAGGGGAAGUGACUCCGGGACUAUCGCAAGUGGAAUAUGCACUUCGCAGACACAAAUUAAUGUCUCUGAUCCACAAGGAGGCGCAGGGGCAGAGCGGGACAGACCAGACGGUGGUUCUGCUAUCCAACCCUACAUACUAUAUGAGCAAUGAUAUCCCCUACACUUUCCACCAAGACAACAACUUCCUGUACCUUUGUGGAUUCCAAGAGCCUGACAGCAUUCUGGUCCUUCAGAGCCUCCCUGGCAAGCAGUUACCAGCACACAAGGCCAUGCUUUUCGUGCCUCGGAGAGACCCCAGCCGAGAACUUUGGGAUGGCCCACGGUCUGGCACUGAUGGAGCGAUAGCUCUAACUGGCGUGGACGAAGCCUAUACGCUGGAAGAAUUUCAGCAUCUAGUACCAAAACUGAAAGCCGAGACAAACACACUUUGGUAUGACUGGAUGCGGCCCGCCCACGCACAGCUUCACUCGGACUAUAUGCAGCUUGUGACUGAGGUCAAAACCAGGAGCAAGAACCGAGUUCGCACUGUCCAGCAGCUGGUACAGCGCCUCCGCCUGGUCAAAUCUCCUGCUGAGAUUGAACGGAUGCAGAUUGCUGGGAAGCUCACAUCACAGGCUUUCAUAGAGACCAUGUUCGCCAGCAAAGCCCCUGUGGAGGAGAGCUUUCUUUACGCUAAGUUUGAAUUUGAAUGCCGGGCCCGGGGAGCAGACAUCUUAGCCUACCCACCUGUGGUUGCUGGAGGUAAUCGGUCCAACACUUUGCACUAUGUCAAGAACAAUCAGCUCAUCAAGGACGGGGAGAUGGUGCUGCUGGAUGGAGGGUGCGAGUCUUCCUGCUAUGUGAGUGACAUCACCCGUACCUGGCCUGUCAAUGGCAAGUUUACAGCACCACAGGCAGAACUUUACGAAGCUGUUCUAGAGAUCCAGAGAGAUUGUCUGACCCUCUGCUCCCCUGGAACAAGCUUGGAGAACAUCUACAGCAUGAUGCUGACCCUGAUGGGACAGAAGCUGAAAGAGUUGGGGAUCAUAAAGAACGUUAAGGAAAAUAAUGCCUUCAAGGCUGCUCGAAAAUACUGCCCUCACCAUGUCGGCCAUUACCUCGGGAUGGAUGUCCACGACACUCCAGACAUGCCCCGCUCCCUCCCUCUGCAGCCCGGCAUGGUGAUCACAGUGGAGCCAGGCAUUUAUAUUCCGGAGGAUGACAGAGACGCCCCGGAGAAGUUCCGAGGUCUUGGUGUACGGAUCGAGGACGAUGUAGUGGUGACUCAGGGCUCACCUCUCGUCCUUUCUGCCGAUUGUCCCAAAGAGAUCAGUGACAUCGAACACAUCUGCAGCAGGGCCUCUUGACCCUCGUUGCGGCCCACGUGCGUCUCAGGUUCAAGGGCUGUGCACUGGCGCCUGUGCACAUGAGCUUUCUGAGCGUUGUCUGUGUGUGCACCUCCGUGUGCGAGUUUCAUGUGGGAGUGUGGGGACUGGAUGACUGUAUGUAGUUGUGUGUGUGGUCUUUUUUUGUUUUGAAUAGCUAGAAAUCAGGAAAGUUGAAUUUUUGGACUGUAUGUUACUGCAACUUUAGAAAAACAUUAAUUCAGUAGAAUUAAGGACCCAGGCAAGUUUAAUUUUUAAAUAUAAAGAUAGUUCUCGGUUAUAUCUGUUCAUGCAUUCCAGUUAACGCAUUUAAAGACACAGAAAAUUUCUCCUCUCCGGGUCUUUUCCUUUCAGAGCUUUUGCUAAGAUCCACCUAACAGCGUUAAGAUACGUGUGUGACGCAUGUGUUUGGAGCAUAUCACCAAGGCCCGCACUAGAAGCCACGCAUCGGUGAUUGCGUGUGGCGAAUACAUGCCUUUCACACAGGUGCCAGCCUGUUCCAGAGCCUGCACACCUCCUGGAGCCGCGUGGGCCCUCCUGGCACUGGUGUCCUGCGGUCCCACCGCAUAGCCACCGUCCAGGUUCCAGCAACACUAGCUAUCAAACGAAACGGCUUUGAGCCUUCUCACUCUUUGGUUGUCUGGGGCCUGGAAAGUGUUUAGAUUCUCAAAAAGGAAGGAAUGAAAGAGAAAAAAAGGUAUAUGGGUGUCUGCUACAGAUCCAACCCUCCGUCUGUUCUCAGUCUACAGAAGACUCCUUUCCCAGACACCCACGCUCCCUUUCUACAUUCUGAACGCACCGCCUCAUAGCACACCCUGGAAGCUGCUCCUCUGGCCAAGGGCAGGCCCUCUACUUACCUAAAGUGAGAGGAAUGGCGCCUAGUUUCCAGGGAGAUGCCCCUGUUAGCAUUCUGUGAUGUCCUCUAGUGCUAACAAAAACAAAAUAUGAAACCCACCAAGUGCCUAUAAACAGCCUGAGAUCCUCUUUCUCUGCUGACAGCACAGGAAGAAAUCUCUCUCUCAGCACACCAUUGGACACAAUUACACAAGAACUCAGUUUGCAAAGUGAACAGGGCUAGAUUUUUGCAGAUGGUUUAUUUGGGAGCUUCUGUCAAAAAGAGAAGCUUUGAAAACUAGUGUGUCGUCGUGUUUUAAAACUGGAUACGAACCUAAGAUACAUAAAACAUGCUGAUUACUAGAGCAUCAAUCUGAGGGUUUUUACGACAACUCAUUUUUGCUGAGCACCAGCUAGGGGAUUAACACUCACUGCAGCGUUACAGGCUUGCCCACCUUACCCGGAAAACCCAGGGUACGGAGCCCAAAGCGGACAGGCAGGGACUUCAUCAGGAGACAUAAUACAAUGAACCAAAGUGAUACAAAUCGUGUCCUCACAGCGUUUGCCCACAAUGCCUGGCUUUGCUAACCUGAUCUAAGCAGCUGUGGGGAUGGAUGGCUGCACAGCUGGAGUCAUCCUCUCUGUGCCUGCCUUCCCUCCAGCUUCUCAGUCCCGUGCUGCCUUCCAAAAGUGUGGGACUGAAAAUAAAUGCACAACUCGGGCUUCUCACCCGUGGGCCCCUGUGGCCCUAACGGCCCUUAGAUUGGGUUUCCUUUGUUCAUUCACAGUCCUGGAAUAAGGAAUUUCCCUUCUCCCUAAAAAUUUUCGGUGGUCGUCAGUGUUUCGGCUAAACGUUUAGGCAGGUUUUUUUGUAUAGCAGCAUAAAACAGAUUCCUGAAACAGACUCCUUCCAGUUAGAUUCCAGUCGAGUUGUACAGGCGUUGCAAGUACUAGUUCGAAAGGCUUCUGUGGAGCUUUGGGCUGAUUUGUAUUCCCUGACCCAGGUACAUUGCCCUUGGAGCCCCAGAUGGACCGUUGCCACUAAGCAUUGGAGUCAGACUGUCAGAACCAUCACAAGAUGACCUAGUGCGCAUCUCAGAGUGGUGCUGGGGGCUGUGCGUUAGAUCCAGGCGCGUGAGCGGCCGGCCGUGCACAGUGCGGGCAUCUCAUCCAUUCUUCGCUGCACCGCGGGCGUGCCCCACAUUUCCCCCCGUGUCUCAGCGUGAUGAGUGCUUCAUGCACAUAUCAGGCUCUCCCAGAACAAAAACCGUACUUUUCAGAAGCCUUUCAGAUGUUCCACUGGAAGUUUUCUCCUUGAAUUGAGUCGAUGAGCUUGAACCAUUAACAGUGCCAUCUAAGUGGAGGAAGCGUUACAUCUAGAUAGCCGCCGCCACAUACUUUUCUAUGUUUAUUUCAGGAACUGCUGUUCCCCUCCGCCCCCCAUAAUCAGGAAACGGACUGGACAGUAAAAACUCUCCUCUUCCCACAGCCCUAGAAUCCACGUUAGGAAGCUACUGCUAGUGGUGGUGUCAGGGUGUCUGUGUGGGUUUUAAGUCUGGGCAGAUACACUUCGAGCUGCCGUGUUCGAUGCUCCUAGUAGAAUGAGAAGAUGAACACAUGAAGAAGCCCUAACGCUGGGGCAGAAUUCCAUGGUCACAAAGCACGUGGGUCCUCCGGGCCGCUCUUCUGACCUCAGCCCCUGUGUCACGGGAGCUUGGGGUGAGCAUCAGUGUUAUUUGGGUCGGGGGUCCCCAUGAAAACAAGGCAUCUUGGGGUGUGUUCAUGAAGAUCUAAGAGAACUAGUUUUCUUAGCAUUUCUUAAUGCUUUGUAUGACUUUCGUGCAAUUAUAUAAAUUUGGACAAAAUGCUGUUACUUUUAAGGCCCUUUCCACUGAAUAUAGUUGUCAUUCCCCAAUAAGGGAAAAACAUUUGUUAUUGUCAUUUUAAAAAUAAAUUACAAAACAAUAAAAGUGUAA